CCUGGAUGAGACCUUGGCCGUCGUAAACAACACAACACGGACGAGGCAGCGUCAGUCUAUCAGGGGACACCCCCGCUGUCCGCAGCCAAUCACUGCUCCUACUACACACACAUCGUAGGACAUCAGGAUGUAUUUGGUGCGACUAGCCCAGUACGCGCUGAAGGAAGGACCGGUCACGAGCCUGUGUCUGGUAGUGGUAGCUGUUGCUCUCCUGGUCUACAACCUGCGGCGGAUGAGGAUGGUGCAGCUCAUCGGCAAGAUCCCGGGCCCCGAGGCCCUUCCCAUCAUCGGCAACUGCCUGCAGAUGAACGUGGACCAUGAUGAGAUUUUCGAGAGGUUAGCCGGAUCCAGGAAGCUGUGGGGGAGGAGUUUGGGAUUCAGCAAGGGAUGGCUUGGCAAUAAACCAUACAUCUUCAUUAGCAAAGCUACUGCACUUGAGGAGAUCAUCGGUAGUGUGAAACACAUUGAAAAGAGCAGUGAAUACAACUACUUGCAUCCCUGGCUGGGCACAGGCCUACUCACUAGUUCUGGACAAAAAUGGCAGUUCAGACGAAAGAUUCUUACGCCAGCCUUUCACUUCCGCAUACUGGAUGACUUUAUAGACAUCUUCCGUGAGCAGAGUGACAUUUUUGUGGAAAAAUUACAGAAGGAGUGUGGACAAGGCACAUUCAACAUUUUCCCUUAUGUCACUUUGUGCGCUCUGGAUAUUAUUUGCGAAACUGCAAUGGGGCAUCAAGUACAAGCCCAGAGUAACAGUGAUUCCGAGUAUGUACGAGCCGUUUAUGAGAUCGGUUCAAUCGUUCAAACGAGGCAAGCAAAGCUUUGGCUCCAACCAGAUUGGUUGUUCAGGAUGUCUUCUCUACACAAGAGGCACCAGAAUUGCAUCAACAUUUUGCACUCAUUUUCUAACAAGGUAAUAACAGAUAGAAAGGCUGAAAUUUCAAAAAAUAAAUCUCAAGGAGAGCAACUGUUUGAUGAAAAGGAAGAUUUGGGAGGCAAGAAGAGGCUAGCAUUUCUAGAUCUGUUGAUAGAAGCAUCACAGGACGGUAAAGUGCUUUCUGAUGAGGACAUCAGGGAAGAAGUUGACACUUUCAUGUUUGAGGGACAUGAUACUACAUCAGCUGGAAUAUCCUGGCUUCUCUUUCUCCUAGGCUGGCAUCCGGAUAUACAGGACAAAGUGGUAGCUGAGAUAGAGGCCGUGUUCGGAGGAGAAGAUCGACCACUCACCAUGAAGGACCUCACAUCCAUGAAGUAUCUUGAGUGUUGUAUCAAGGAAGCUCUUAGGCUCUACCCCAGUGUCCCCAUCAUGGCCAGAAGUCUACAGGAGGAUAUCGUCAUUGAAGGAUAUACAAUACCAGCUGGCACAGUUGCGAUGAUCAUUACCUACAUGCUGCACAGAGAUCCAGAAGUGUUCCCUCAUCCUGAGCGCUUCAACCCUGACCACUUCCUGGCGGAGAACUGCCGUGGCCGCCACCCCUAUGCCUUCAUCCCUUUCAGCGCUGGGCCUCGCAACUGUGUAGGUCAGAAAUUCGCAUUGCUAGAAGAAAAAGCAGUGAUUUCCACAUUUCUCAGAAAGUACCGGAUCGUUUCGGUAGAUAGAAGAGAGGACCUGACUUUAUUGGGUGAACUAAUCCUCCGCCCUAAAAACGGCCUAAGAGUCAAAAUAUUCCCUCGUAACAGGUCAUCUUAGAACUGUGAUAAUUGUACUUUUUUUAUUUAUUGUUAAGUUUUGUUGUAAUUAAAGUAGAUCAAAUUAAACAAUUUAGUUCAGUAUUUAACUCUACACGCAUAAAGUUUUAUUUCAUAGAUUUGUAAAUAUGCCCAAUAAAAUAGAUUCUAUUUGUUACCCAUGAACUUCAUAAUCUUAAAGCAAAAUGCUUGAGAUAAUAAAAAUUGUUUAAGGAAAAUCAUGAAAGAAUACAUGAACAUAGUUAAAAGAUUUCCAUACACAUACAUGAAUAUCGAAAUGAAGCGUAAUUUUUAUAAUAACCUUAAUAUACCUUUCUUGCACGAUGAAAUAGUUUGUGCUUAUUGUGUUGGUUGUGGAUGAUAUUAUUGUUUUGAUGUACAACUUGUUCCACAACUAGUUAGACUUUUUGAGAGUUCAUCGCUAUACUUUAAUUAAAAAUUUUGUUGGUUAUUUUUUACCACCUAAAGGAGAUAAUAUAGAUUCCAAUCCUGGAAACAUAGUGUGCUAUUUUUUAACAAAGGUAUAACAAUGUCAAAUGUAUAAAAUCAUUAUUCUUUCAAGGAAUCGCAUAUUUAACAGCAAUGAAAUUCAAUUUAGAAACAAUAUAUUGUUUCUUUCUUAUUAUUUUCAAAUUAUUUAAUGGUAACUUGGUGACAAAUUAAUCUAUAAAUUAAAUUACUAACUCUUAAAAUAUAUUUAACAGUUGGGAGAUUGAAAAUCAAUAACUAAAUCAAUUACCUUUUAACAUACCACUGUACCAUGUUUGAUU